AUGUCACGAACAAGAAACAGACCUCAACAGGAGCAACCUUCCUCCUCCAUAGAUUCCGACAUGCUGCCUCCCUCUCAGGCACCGACUACUACUGGACAGAGGACCAAUUUGGCUGCUUCUGACCCUCCUCUGCGUGAUCGACCUGCUCAAGAAGAUGCCAACAAUCCCUACUUCAUGGGCACUAGAGACCACCCAGGUCUGAUCUUAGUUUCUCCACCUCUCACGGACACCAACUUUCAACAGUGGGCUCGUGUCUUUAAGCUCUCCGUGGGUGCGAAGAAUAAAACUGGCUUCCUCACUGGAACCAUUCCUCAACCCUCUUUUGAUCACCAUUUGUUUGAUCCCUGGAGCAGAUGUAAUCAAAUGGUUAUGUCUUGGAUUAUUCACUCAGUUUCCCCAGAAAUCAAGAGUAGUAUCAUCUAUCUUGAUUCUGCUGCUGCAAUGUGGACUGAGUUAAACACAAGAUUCAACCAAGGAAAUGGGCCUCGCAUCUUUGAUCUUCGGACAUCCCUCAAAUCGCAUCAUCAAGGAGAUGAUUCUGUUAGCGCCUAUUUCACUAAACUAGAAGCAAUUUGGGAUGAGAUUAAUGAACUCCGACCAAGAACGCCAUGUACUUGUGCUGCUACCACUGAUAGUCUUGAGCUACAGAAUCUUGAGCAAGUUUUGCAAUUUCUUACAAGAUUGAAUAAGUCCUACCAUGCCGUGCGAUCUCAGUUUCUUCUUCUUGAUCCUUUUCCCUCUAUUUCUAAAGUUUUUUCCACCAUUGUGCAAGAAGAAAGACAGAGGAAGAUAAGGCCAUUGGCUACCACCAAUCUCAUUGCUGCCUCUACUUCCAACCCAUCGUCACUUCCGCCAUCAAGAACAAAGAAGAUGAGGCCUACUUGCUCUCACUGUCAAAAGCCGGGACACCUCAAAGAAAAAUGCUACUUCAUCCAUGGUUUUCCCCCUGGAUAUGGCACCAAAAAUGUCAACAAUAAGCCUGCUAUCCAUCAAGCUACUGCCUCUGCUUUAUCUUCUCCUGAACUGGGCAGUCAAGCGGCUAUAUAG